AUGAAAAACACUAAUGCAUCACUGUCAUCCCUCGACAACAACAAUAUUAACAACAAUAAUUACUACGACAUCGCUAUCUCCUUGACUCUGAACCUGAGUAUAGUCACUUCGGGUUCUUCUUCCAGCAAAAAGUCAUCGCCCAAGCGUGUGUCGUCGAUGUCUGCUUUGACAACGUUGAAUGAAGUAAAGCCAACGGCAAAGAGACCUGGCGACUACUAUAUCCAGAAACUCAGUCAGAGCUCGCUUAGCUUGAUCACAGCAAACUCACACUCUCAGAGCCAUAAGAAUGAUACUGUUAAUGGAAGAAACUAUCCAAGACCCAGAUCCGGAGAAUCCCUAGCCUCUUUGCGUACUUCGUACUCUGACGAAGUCAGCUCCAUCGUUUCUUCUCAGUUCGAUACGCCAAUAGAAACGAGUUCUCGCCAGUCGCAGAACAUGUUGGCUGAUUCUCGGUUGAGCUCGUUGACAAGCAACUCCAUCGCUCCGCUGGAAGCUCCAUCUAUUAACAACUUCAACUUCACCUCUUCUACCACAAUCACUGCAGAAGAUGGUGAUUGUAAUUCAUGCAAUUCUUGUAGCAACGAUCAUUCUGACUAUUUAGACGGAGACAGCUCGCCAGAUAUUACUUACGAUCACAACUGCAGCACCAGCUCUAUAUCUACUCUUUCUACCAGAAACAGCUCCAGGUUGUCGAGUUCUAGCUCUUUUUCUCAUUCACACUCUGCCAGAAACCUGAAAGGAAACCUGAAGGCUUCACACCCAGUGACAAGAUCCUACAGUACGCUGAACAUCAAGCAAAGACUGACUUCGUCAUCACCGUCGUUGUCCAGAUCGAAGACAAGAUACAUCAGUUCCAAGGAAAUCAAAGAAAGACAGAUGUUGAGAAAGAAGAAGUACGACGAAAACGAUGACGACGAGGAAAUCCUCACCAAUGAGUUGGAUAAUCUCGUGUUCAAUGUUCCUGUGAUAAAAAACCAUCUGGAGCUUUAUCUUCUUUCCUCUUCUUCCAGUGCUAUGCUUUCUAGAAGCGAUUUGAUGACUGACAACGACAACAACAAGUACAAUAUCAACGGCUCUAUCAUGAAGCCGUGUCCAUUACCCGGCAAGCUUGGCUCACAAACUGACUUGUCCAUUAUUAACAGCCAUGGUAACGAUUUAACUCAGGAUAGUAUUGUAGAAGAAGCCGAAGGAGAUGAUACCAUGAUAGCUGUGGCUAACUUGAGUAUGAAUGACGAUCUGGAGAUCUCCAAUAACAUAUCCCAGUUCUACAACCAGAGAUCUACUUCUAUGUCGAAGAUCGCAAAGUUGUCCAGAGAACAGACCAUGAUGUACAAGUUGCCGAACUUUGUCAAGUCACAAAGUUCUAUGGAAGAUUUGCAUCUCAUUUCUCUUGAAAAAUUGAAUUUGAUUGACCAAACUCGUCCGAUAAACUUACCUCCCAAGUCGGGCCUCGACAAAUCGAAACACAAUAGGGAGUUCCAGAAGGUGUUGACCAACUUCGAAUUGAAUACAAAGAACUUGAAUGAUGCCAGGAACAGAUCGUCGCAAAUCCAUGCUCAGAAUCAGCAACUCUGGAUGAAGUAUGUUCUGAGUUUAGUUGAUGAAGAGACUACUUCAAAACAGUUCAACAAGAAAUUUUCCUACGAGAAGAAUGCCAUUCGUAAGUUAGCAUGGGAUUCCAACAUUCCCUCGGCUUUCAGAUUCCAGUUCUUCAUGCAGAUAUUGUCCCACAACAACAACAGCCAGGACUCUGUUCACACCAUCAACAACUCGUUUACGUUGUUUGACCAGAAAUAUCAAAACCUUUCUGACACGAUUAGAAAGAAUAAGGAUGUAGAAUUUAACAACAUUGUUGACGUAGUAUUGCAUCGCCCCAUGUUUGACGCCAUUCUCAAAGAAGUAUCUUCGUCUUCCACAUUCAGCUUGGCCAGUUUGAAGGAUAACUUUAAGUACUUGUUGUACAUCAAGUCUUUGUCCGAGUACGGAUUGCACAAGCAUGACCAAGUCUUCUUGAUCCCAGUUUUAUUGGUACUUUUCCAAAACACUCAAUCGUUGCAAGAAAUAUAUUGUUUGUUAGAGUUGAUCAACCAACAAAUUCUCAAUAGAGACUUCUUGCUGACUUUGAAUGGAGCACUUGGUAAUUGGAGCGAUUUGAAGAAUCUUUCCAGCCAUCCUGGCACUUCUUCAACGUAUCUUCUGAAGUUUUUGCUGAAGCUCAACAACUUGGAUGAGUUUGACAAGUUGAACUCAAACAGCUUCUUCGAGAUCUUGCUUCAGUUCAACGACAAGUUACCACUUAGUUUAUCGGCUCCGUCGACGCCCAUUAUGAAUCAUCCCGGACAAUUCAGCUUCACUCAUAGCCCUUCUUCUAGUUCAAACUUGAGUUGUGCUUCCAACUUGUCUGACGGCAACAACAACAGUAAUAUUAACAAUAGUGAUAACAUCACUCCUCGCACUUCUGUCAGUGGAAGUGACGACUUUGUUGAUAUCAAUUCUUCUGCAUUACAAUUGAUGAUCAAAUUAUUGCAAUUGUUGAUUAUUCACUCCAAUUCAGUCAAAUCGAAAGACAAGAAUAACAUGAAGAUUGUCCUGACUUUCUUGGUGGUGACAUUCCAAUUCUACCAUAUCAAUUGGAACAGUUUUCAGGAACUAAUCAAGUUGAACAAGUCUAUACGGUUGAACAAAACCGCAGACCAAGUCGCCAACCUUGAUGCGUUUGUGGAGAAGUGGAAGGAUUCUUUUGGUAGAUUCUGA